AUGGCGGAUGAUUUUUGGCGUGGCCGGUUAUUAAACCCGAAUGCCAAAACGUUUGUAGCUAUACAAAAGCACGAUGGCGACAUUUUGUCUUCUGUCACGAUUGUCCGCGACGUUUGUGUACCACAAGGAGUCAAAACUCAACUUGGUCUCGAGGCAGACCACGAGGCUACGCAGCAGGUGUCGCAUUGGGAGGUCAACGCAGUGUACACUGCUCCGGGAGCUCGACGAAGGGGCCUGGGAAGAAGAGUCAUGGAGGCGGCGGCCAAAGAGGCACAAGAAGUUGCUGAUUCCGAAGGCAAACCGUGUCUCAUCACAGUGCUCGUCAAGAAGAAUAAUUCCGCUGCUAGAAUCCUGUACGAGAGGGCUGGGUUUCAAGUCCUCAGUGAUGACGACGGAGAUGAUGCGCUGCGGCUGUUUCUCUGGACGGCUCGCUGA